ACGGCCUGUUCUUUAGCUCCCAGAAGCGUGCAGCCUGUGCUGCCUUGAAGAGCUCUUUUAUCAGGUUCUAUUAAAGUCCCCACUGCUGUGCUAUAUUUACAGCGCUGCCGUAGCUGAUAGGGCCGGAAUCCAGCAUGCAAACUAUUUUUUGUCCCUCCUGCUGCCCCCAGCAACACCACCCUACUGACGCAGCUGACAGGUGACCUUGCGCGCAGUGCGGCCCCCCCUCUCGUUGCCCCUCGGCCAUGGGGACGGUGAAGAGGCUGGCCACGUCCUCCCCGCUGCAGGUGCGAGCCCGAGCCGACCUCCUCGCCGCCAUGGAGACCAAGCUGGACUGCCUGAGCCGCAAGGUGGACAGGCUCUUGGCCGGGCAGGAGAGGGUGCUGGGCACCGAGUGCCCGGGCGAGCUGGCGGCGGUGCUGCGGGCUCUGGCCACCCACUGCGAGCAGCAGAGCCGGCGCCUGGGAGCGCUGGAGAGGCUGGCCCAGGGGACGCACACCACCCUGGAGCUGCUGGUGGAGCGUCUGGGGCAUCAUGGGGUCGGGAAGCCCUCACCCACCGCGAGGAGGGAGAGCAGCGCGAUCGAGCACCCAGGAGACGUGAACGACAAGGAGUCAGGUGUCAAGUUAGAUUUGAGAAGGGAGCAGAGUUCGGGGGAUCGGGAUUGUGCUCACGGGAGAGUCUCGCCUGGACUCACCGAAGGGAAAACCAGGAGCCCUCCUCCUGGAACUGUUGACCCCGAGGUCCGAGUGUCGGGGUGUGAUGGGACGCCCCAGAUGGAGCCCAAGCUGAAGCUGCUGGCUGAUCCGGGGUGCCCCCAGCCCUUGGCAGCAGCAGGCCGGGCGGGAAGCUUGGACAAGGCGGACCCGGACCGCCAGGAAGGCGAGCGCAGCGCCCUGGGGCCGAGGGAGAGCACGAACGGGACCGGAGCCGCCGGAGCAGAGGGGCCCCAGGCCGCAGAGCCGCCGGGGAGUGGGCAGGGAGCAGAGGUGAAAGGGCGGGGGGCGCCGGGCGCCUCGCUCGCAGCGGAUCUCCAGGCCGCCCCGUCCGAGGAGGCAGGGGGGGCACCACUGCUGGGAGCUGUUCUCUCACACACGCCCCCCCUCAGGCAUGUCCACAGCUGUCCUGAGGCCCUGGGCAGCUGUCAAAGGGAGGUGAAAGGCACGAAGGAAGGUGAUGGGAGAGGCGGCAGGGUGGACACCGCGGAGGACACCGAAAGGAGCCGGCAGCCGGCUGCUCUGCAGGACCCCGGACACACGCUGACCCUCUCUGGGUGGACCGGGGUGGACAGCCCCGGCGGCAGAGAAGCUGCGGGCCCCAGCCUGGAGCUCGCGACUCCAGCUCCCUCCUUCAUUGAGAUCCGAGUCAGUCCGGCCGAGAGGAGCACAGACACAGCUUGCCAGAGGAGCCCUGACACAUGCUUCAGAGUGAUCGACGACAGCGCCCCCCAGCCGGCGCCGUUCCCUCACCGCCUGGUGUCUCUCCAGCCCGCCCCGUCCUUCCCUCUCUUCGACAUCAACACCAAGGAGGUGCUGGGGGGAGGAAGGUUUGGCAGAGUUCACACCUGUACUGAGAAGGCAACCGGGUUAAAGCUGGCAGCAAAGAUCAUCAAGGCGCGGUCUGCAAAGGAAAAGGAAUCGGCUCAUAACGAGAUCCAGGUGAUGAACCAGCUGAGCCACGUCAACCUCAUCCAGCUGUACAGCGCCUUCGAGGCCAGAACCGAGGUGGUGCUGAUCAUGGAGUACGUGGAAGGCGGGGAGCUGUUCGAGAGGAUAGUGGAUGACAGCUGCCGCCUGACAGAGGUGGACACCAUGCUCUUUGUCAAGCAGAUCUGCGAGGGGAUUCACUAUAUGCACCAGAUGUACGUCCUGCACCUGGACUUGAAGCCCGAGAACAUCCUGUGUGUGAACAAGACUGGACACCAGGUGAAAAUCAUUGAUUUUGGACUGGCGAGAAGGUUCAGACCCAGGGAGAAGCUGAGGGUGUCCUUUGGGACGCCUGAGUUCCUGGCCCCCGAAAUUGUCAACUUUGAUUUCGUGUCCUUCCCAACUGACAUGUGGACACUGGGUGUGAUUUCGUACAUGCUGCUGAGUGGCCUGUCUCCGUUCCUGGGCGACGACGACAGCCAGACUCUGAACAACGUGCUGGCGGCGAACUGGUACUUCGACGAGGAGGCGUUUGAGCACGUGUCCCACGAGGCCAAAGACUUCAUCUCCAACCUGCUCAUCCGGGAGAAGAGCGGGCGUCUCAGUGCAGCCCAGUGCCUGAAACAUCCCUGGCUGGACAACAUCGCAGAGAAGGCCAAACACAGCCACAUCUGUCUGCAUUCCCAGGUCCUGCUCAAGAAGUACAUGGCUAGGAGGAUGUGGAAGAAAAACUACAUUGCUGUUGCUGCUGCUAACAGAUUCAAGAAAAUCGGCAGCUCGGGGUCUCUGACCACAAUGGGGAUCUGAGGAGCUUCACAGGAGCAGCAGAGCCCAGACAGCUGACUGAGGAGCAGGGCCCCUCUGCUUGCCUCAGCACCCGAGCCUGUGGGUGUUGUAUGCAGCUGUAUAUAGGCCCAGGCCCAGGUGUGAGCAAAGGAAUGUCUCAUGUAUUGUUAACUGGUACCCAGGUCAGAAGUGGAGGACAUAAAUGAAAGCAACGAGCUGCACCAGAGAUGAAGAGGUUCUACUUAAUGGCAGGAUUCCCCCUGAGUGUUUUUUCGAACUCUGUUUUUUGUCUAAUUUUUAUAACGAUUGUAAGGCAAGUCUAAAUGGUGUCGUUUACUGUCAGUGGCGUCGAUGCGUUUACUGCGUUCUCAGACUCCUCGUGUGUCUGAGUAGUUUGCUAAAGAAAACCAUACAGUGCAGCUCGUUCCAUCUACUGUACAAUCACUCACGUCGUAAGUUUGAGUGGUUAGUCUAUUUUUUUUGUCACGGGCUAUUCAGUGCUUGUCCCUGCAUGGUCAGCAGAAAUUGUACGUACCGUAUAUGGAGCAAAUCCCUGAAAGCUCCAUUUCCAGAAUGCAUUCACUAAAGCGGUGCACAUGGUGUGGAGUCUUAAAGUCAACCAGAGCUUUUUGAUUUCUGCUUCACGCUUGGCUUAAAAUAGCAAGCAAGGGCCCGUGUGAAAAAAGGAAUAUUUCUUCUGUAGCCUUAGGUGGGUGUCUGAGAAAACCUGAGAAAGCACAAGGUGUAACAGGUGACAUGGUAUAAAAGGAGACAGAGCAGAUAGUGUGUAGGUUUGCUUGCAAAAAUGCCUCUCAUCAUUCCCAUACUCAGAGUGUACCUCUCAGUUUGGGGUGAAUAUAUACAGAGCAUACGGGUCAGAGUCAUUUUGUGAUUUGUUUCACAACUGCUAAUGCCUUACCUUCUAAAAUGGUAAGUUGAGAAAUGAUGAGAUGAGAAAUAUAAACGUUCCAGUCAAAAUCCGUGAAACUGCCCCUGUUUUUCAUCUAUCACAUAAAACAGUAGCUGCUCUACUUAUCCCUGAUUAUUUUAUAUAUCCAAUUGUUUUGUGAUUACCUCUCUCACAGGUUUGGGCUUUUCUCUUAUCUCAACAAGAAAACCGUUAAAAGGCAUCAGCAAAUUUGAGCUUUUUGGUCAUUGGCCAGUUUUUGUUUGUGCUGUUUUGUUUUGUAUAGGUGUUUCUUAGCUGUUGUCUUAUUAAACAUUUGAAAACUUCUCAAUAAAAUAAAAACCAGUUGCUGCUCGACUGAGGCAGCAUGCUUCAAA